UCAGUGUAAAAGACUUUUACCAACUGUGUCUUAACAUUGCUCAACACAAAGCAGAAACAGUUUCACAACACACUGCAACCAAGAAGCAUAACCACAGAAUACCAGGAGGCUCUGAUCCUUUGAUAUCUGCAACACUUAUUUUGCCCCCUAUGGACUUCAAUUUCAAGCAAUGGAGAAACCAUUCUGAACAACAAGAUGAUCAAGAAGACCUCCUACAUACAUCUUCUAAGCUACCUAAACUUCUCCUUAACUCCCACCCCCACCACCACCACCAGCCGCCGCCGCCUGCUUCUUCUUCUUCUUCUUCUGCACUGCCCUUAUUUGUUGUCACUGAGCCCAACACCAACUUGUCAGCAUCUUACUCUUCUGAUCAUAAUUCCACCACUACUACCAAAUUUCCCAGGAUGGGGAGCAGCCAUUUCAGCUUGACACAGUGGCAAGAGCUUGAGCUUCAGGCACUGAUAUUCAGACAUAUGAUAGCCGGUGCUACUGUACCACCGGAGCUCCUCCAUCUUGUCAAGAAAAGUAUCAUCGUCAACUACCCACCUUCUUCUUACCACCACUAUUACCCCCAUUACCAGCCUGCCUUGCUGCAAUCUGGGUACUGGGGGAAAUCGGCGAUGGAUCCGGAGCCGGGCAGAUGCCGGCGCACCGACGGCAAGAAGUGGCGGUGCUCGAGGGACGUGGUGGCUGGCCACAAGUACUGCGAGCGCCACAUGCACCGUGGAAGAAACCGUUCAAGAAAGCCUGUGGAAAUCCCCACACCCAAAUCCAAUCAAGGAGCUGUGUCCGCCACCAGCACCGGCACCGGCGGCGGGUUCCCUCGUUUCACGCUCUCGGCGCCCUCCGAUCUUCUUCACCUCAACCAGAGUGAUAUUUGUAGGCCUACAAACUCCAUUAUUGAGACAAAGGUCCACCUUCAACAAUCCCAAACCAAUAAUAAAACCCUUCGCCAUUUCUUCGACGACUGGCCGCCUAAACCACUCGGCCACGAGGAUGAUAACUCGAUGAUGACAUCAUCAUCGUCCACCAAGUUGUCUAUUUCGAUGCCCGAAAACCCGUCUUCGGAUUUCUCGUUGAAACUCGGCACCGGCGGCGAUGGUGGCGAGGCGGCAGGUGGCAAUCGUGUCAUUGUGGACGAGAAUAGUAGUAGUAGUAGUCGACUUAAUUGGGGGAUGAUGACGUGGCAGAAUAAUCCGGCCGCUCCUAUGGGCGGGCCCCUUGCCGAGGCGUUGAGGUCGUCGGUUUCGAACUCUUCGCCGACGAGCGUGCUGCAUCGGUUGCCACCUGGCGGUGCCUCCCAAUCUAGCUAUGUUUAGUUAGUUCCUAUAAAUGUUUUGCUUUUAUGAUCUAGCUUUUUGCAGUAUGUGAUUUCCCUUUCCUUAUCUGAACUUUUCUUUUAUUUUUAUUUUUACUAAUUUUUUUUCUUCAUUUCUUGCAAUCUUGUGAACUGUGAAAGUGUGACAGUGUGUAAAAUGUGGUGCUAUAAUUUUCAAUGAUGUUUUUUUU